CUCAUUUUACUCCAUUCUCCUCUCCGAAAACCCUAGCAAACAGUGUUUUUUCUAAAACUAGGGCGUCUUUGAAGCCCUGCAGUUCCUUUCCUUUUCUCCUCUCUCCAAUCUAUAAUUUAAUUUACGCUUCUUGUCAAUUAUGGGCAAGUCUAGCAAGAAAUCAACAGCCAAAGUUGAUGCAGCUCCCCCUGUAACCAAUGAUAGGAAGUCUACAAAGAAAGGUAAGAGAGAAGCUGAAGAAGCUGUAGAGAAACUUGUGAGUGCAAAGAAACAGAAGAUAGAUGAGGGGGCAAAAAAGGCUGUUAAGAAAGAAAAGAUUGAAGUGAAGACUCAGAAAAAGAAGAAAGAGGAAUCCAGUAGUUCUGAUGACUCUUCUUCUGAGGAAGAGCAGAAGGCCAAAGUUGUAACCAAGAAGAUACAGAAGUCUGCAAAACCACCUAUCAAAGAAUCUAGUAGUGAGGAGUCCUCUUCAGAUGAGGAGGCCCCUCCUAAAGCUGCUGUUCCUUUGAAGAAGCAGCUAACAGCUGAUAGAAAUGGCUCUGUUGGUGCUGCUGCUACUAAAGCCAAGGAGGAGAGUAGUUCAGAUUCUUCAGAUGAUGAAUCUGAUGAGGAAGAGGUUAAAGUUGCAGUCAAGAAGGGUGUAAAGGCCACAAAACCACCUGUUGAAGAAUCUAGCAGUGACAGUGAGGAUGAUUCAUCUUCAGAUGAGGAGCCUCAUGCCAAAGCUGCUAUUCCUCCAAAGAAGCAGCAACUAGAUGCCAAAAAUGGGUCAGUUGGUGGUCCUAAAAAAGGCAAAGCAGGUAGUAGUUCAGAAUCUUCAGAUGAUGAAUCUGAUGAGAAUGAGAAAGAUUCCUCGGCAGUUGCCCAAGUGAAGAAGUUGACAGAAACUGGUGCUAAAAAGGCAUCUCCUUCAAGCUCUGAGUUGGACUCUGAUAGCUCCUCAGAUGAGGAGUUACCUACUAAGGCUUCAGCUCCCAAGAUUGUUUCCCAGGGGGCAACCAGAAAAAAGGCUGAAUCAAGUAGUACCUCUGAUGCAAGUGACAGUUCUGAGGAGAGUGAUUCUGAUGAAGAAAAGGGCCCUGCUUCUAAGAAGGUUGCACUACAAGCUGCAAAUAACAAAGCUCAAUCAAGUGGUGAUUCUGAUGAUAGUGAUUCAGAUGAAUCCUCUGACGAGGAUAAGGCUCCUGCUGCUGUUGGUUCAAAAAGGCCAUCUUCUGUGGCUCAAACAAAGGAAUCAAAAAAGGUGAAGCUAACUACUCAAAAGGGAAACAGCAGUUCAGAAGAGAGCUCCAGUGAUAGUUCAGAUGAUGAAGAGAGUGAGGAUGAAAAACCCACCAAAACCCCAAGGAAAAAUAGCACUGAUGUGGAAAUGGUAGAUGCUGCAACUCCACAUACAACCACAAAGAAAGCUGAUUUGCAAUCUGCUAAGAAAGCUCCCAAUACUCCAGUUACUCCUGAGGUUCAGUCUACAGGAUCAAAGACCUUAUUUGUUGGCAACCUACCUUUUGAAGUUGAACGAUCUGAUGUGGAAGGUUUCUUUGAAGGUGUUGGUGAAAUUGUUGAUAUACGCUUUGGUAUGGACAAAGAUCAGAGGUUUAAGGGCUUUGGACAUGUUGAGUUUGCCACAGCUGAAGUAGCACAGGAGGCUCUUAAAUUGAAUGGUCAAAGCUUAAAUGGCCGGCAAGUUAGACUUGAUUUGGCACGUGAGAGAGGUGAAAGGGCCUCAUAUACACCGUAUAGCGGCGGCAGGGAGGAUAGUUCAUUUCAGAAGGGAGGGAGAGGGCAGGCUCAGAAAAUAUUUGUCAGGGGGUUUGAUACAUCUCUUGGUGAGGAUGAGAUUAGGAGUUCCCUUGAGGAGCAUUUUGGAAAUUGUGGAGAGAUUACUAGGAUAUCAAUCCCAACAAAUUAUGAGACUGGCGCAAUCAAGGGGAUGGCUUACUUGGAAUUCAAAGAUGCUGAUGGUUUCAACAAAGCGUUAGAGCUUAGUGGCAGUCAUCUUGGUGAUCAGUACUUGACAGUUGAAGAGGCAAAACCAAGGAGUGAUAAUCGUGAUGGCUGGGGUAGUGGCAGAGGUGGAGGCCGAAGCAGUGGAGGGAGAAGAGGUGGUAGAGACAGUGGUGGCCGUUUCGGUGGUAGAGAUGGUGGUGGCCGUUUCGGUGGUAGAGGUGGUGGUCGUGGCAGAGGACGUGGAGCACCCAAUAAACCUAGUGUUACGGCAGCUGCCACAGGGAAGAAGACGACGUUUAAUGAUGAUGAUUGAAGGCAGAGAACAUUUUUAAGUACGUUUGGCAUAUUUGAAGUAUCAAAUUUUGUUAGUUCUCAAUCACCCGAAGAUUUUAUUGGUCUUGUCAGACUAGUAUUUUUAAUGCCCUUGUUUGUAAGGGCCAUAUGACUUCUGCUUAAAAUGGGUACGAUGGUAAUGGUUUGUAAUCGCAAUGAUUAUUUCCUAUGUAUUUUAAAAUUGCCAUUUUGGAUUGCUGAUA